AUGGGUGGGUCACAGGCAGUGCUACGGGUGGCUAGGAGCGUGACUGGCGGCCUGCGGCUGGUGGAUGCAAGGGCGGAGCUGACUGCAAGGCGUACUGAGGGCGGCUAUGGGCAACAGGCGAAAAUGGGCAGGAUUAGGCGGUGGUGGGUGGCGAGGAGGAGGUGGUGGGCGGCUAGGAGGAGAUGUAGGCGGCUAGAAGGAGGGGCGCGCGUUCCUGGGCAGGGGCGUGCGCUGCUAUGCCGAGGCGCGCGCUGCUCUGCUAGGGCGCGCGCUGUACUGCAGGGGCGCGAGCUGCUCUGCUGCGGCGCGCACUCCUCUGCAGGGGCGUGCGUCUCUGUGUUAGGUGGCGCGCGCUACUCUGGUGGGGCGCGCGCUGCUCUGCAGGGUGGCGCGCGCUAUUCUGCAGGGGCACGCGCUGAUCUGCAGGGGCGCGCGCUACUCUGCUGGGGCGCGCGCUGCUCUGCAGGGUGGCACGCGCUAUUCAGCAGGGGCGCGUGCUGGUCUGCUAGGGCGCGCGCUACUCUGCUAGGUGACAGGCGCUACUCUGCUGGGGCGCGCGCUGCUCUGCAGGGUGGCGCGCGCUAUUCCGCAGGGGCGCGCGCUGGUCUGCAGGGGCGCGCGUUACUCUGCUGGGGCGCGCGCUGCUCUGCAAGGUGGCGCGUGCUGUUCUGA